UUGUCAUCAUUUCUCAUGGUCCCUAUUGCAGUAUGAUUCAGAGAUUGUUGCAAUGAUUAAAGAACUGUUGGAAACUCGUAUCCGACCUGCAGUACAAGAUGACGGUGGAGAUAUUGAGUACCGGGGAUUUGAUCCAGAUACAGGAAUAGUCAAACUUAGAAUGCAAGGAGCAUGCAGCGGCUUCCCUAGCUCAUCUGUUACUCUGAAAUCUGGCAUUGAGAACAUGCUGAUGCAUUAUGUGCCUGAGGUUAAAGCGGUGGAGCAGGAACUUGAUGAUGAAGAUGAAGCAGCAACAUUACCUGGUUAGAUCGAGUAAUUGAAUAUUUUCUCUUGUUUUAUGAGCUACUUCCAGAUAUAAUGAGCUUGAUGACUACGAGUAAGUGACCCUUCUUCAGAAAAGCGAGCGGAGUGUAUUAAUCAGGGUACUGUGUUCUGUUAAAAAAUAAGCGGCUUCCUGUAUUUAUUUUGGCAAAUUUUACCAAAUCAUUGAGUAUAAGCUAAUUGCAAGUUUAUUUCAUGUGGGUAUUUCUUGUGACUUUGACUUGAGUUAUUUAUUUAUGGGGCAU